AUGAACUACAUCCGGUCGACGGUUAACACCCUUCGGGACCGGUAUACUCCGGUAACUCACAACUCAACCUUCAGACAGACCGGACAGGUUACGCCGGAAGAAUUCGUCGCGGCAGGAGACUAUCUGGUGUACAAGUUCCCAACCUGGUCUUGGGGCGAUGCCGACACCGAAAGCAACCGCGUGAGCUAUCUACCUCCAGGGAAGCAAUAUCUCGUUACACGGAAUGUCCCCUGCCAUCGGAGACUAGAUGACGACUUUGCAGGAGAUGCGGGCCAUGAGGAGGCCAUCGUCAACGAUGGCGAUGACUUCAAAGGCGCUGGUGGCGCGGCAGACGACGAUGGAUGGCUGAGAACGGGCGGGCUGGCUAGUUCACAGCCUUUGAAGGCCCGGGACGUUAGAGCGGUCGAUGAUGCCGGAAAUUUGGCUGAUACAACGGACUUGGAUGAUGAUAUCCCCGACAUGGAGGACGAGGAUGACGACGAUGCCAUUAUCCGUGACACCAGCGCCGAGUCCAAGAGCGGUGGAAGACGAACAUAUACCUUGUACAUUAUGUACUCACCAUACUAUCGAACCCCCCGCCUCUAUCUCUCAGGAUACUUGCCCAACGGACAGCCUCUACCCCCUCAAAGCAUGAUGGACGACAUCGUGGGUGACUACAAGGACAAGACCGUCACUCUCGAAGACUUCCCCUUCUUCGCAAACAACAUCAAGAUGGCUAGCGUGCACCCCUGCAAACACGCCUCCGUCAUGAAAACGCUUCUCGAUCGUGCCGAUGCCGCCCUCCGCAUUCGCAGGGAUAAACUCAAGUCCGGUAAAACUGUGGGAAAUGACCCCGGCAUGGAAGGUCUAGUUGACGAAGUUGCCAAGCUGGAUGUCAAGAGUGCGCAGGAAGCAGCUGAUAAAGAUGAGUGGGAGGAAGUUGAAGGCGUGGAUGCUGAUGAGCAAGACGUUGCGAUUCGGGUAGAUCAGUACCUUGUCGUUUUCUUAAAGUUCAUGGCGAGCGUGACUCCAGGCAUUGAACACGACUUCACGAUGGGAGUGUGA